UCGAUGCCAUCCAGAAGAUAUCUCAAGUGGUGUGUCGACUUGCGAUUGAAGUGGGCAAUUGCAGCUGGCUCAAAAAGCAGGCUUGAGUGGGCCAAAUCUUCUAUUGCUCUGCCUGAUAUGUCCCGAAUUUCACCAAUCGUCAGAGUUUCAAUUCCGAAUGUUAUCAUUUGUACUCUGAGCAGUGUCCAAUGUUCUCUCCGGCAGCUUGUCAAUCAUUCCAUAUAUGCAGUCAAUCCCUCCAGAAAUUCUCUCGCGGAUCCUCGCGUGCUUAUCAAGAUAAUCAGACCAAAUCUUCACAACUUCGUCACACACCUUCCGAAAUUCAGGAAGGUCAUUCAUCUCACGAGCAACUCUUGCCCGCCGAAUCAGAGUGUCAAGUAUAUCAUGACUUUUGUGAAAAGGGGACAUGAAUGGCAGCCGAAAUAUGCAGACCAAACUCUCUAG